AUGGUAAACAUGACCGUCUACUCCGAAGUCAAGAGACUCUACUCGUCUUUACAAGAGAUGGUUGGCCUACGUCGCAGGAAGCGCCAACUUCAAAUCGUACUCCGAACCUUCGACUUCAAAAGAGAAGCCACCAUCAUCCCCGGCCUAACCGAAGACGAAAUCUCAGUCCUCCGCGAAAAAGCAGCCGCCUCCCGCCUCGGCAUCGCCCACGCCGACGCCUACACCGACACCCUCCUGCCCCUCCCCGCCCACCACCACCCACUCCGCUCGCGCGCCAGCGGGCCCCUCUCCCUCUCCCCCUCGAUGGCGCCGACGGGUCCGCCGCGCCUGUCCAUCCCCAUCCCUAUCCCCGGUGGUAAUCCCUCGCGCCAGGGGUCUGGGUCUUCGUCGCUAAGGAGUAGUAGCACCGUUGGUACGGGCCCCGGUGCGUUGGGGGGGAUGUUGGGUGUUGCUGGUGGUGGUGGUGGGGGUGGGGCGGAGCGGAUGUCGGUGUCGAUGAAUGAUUUGGAUCUGUUGCUGUUUGGGAACCCGUCGGGGGUUUCGCAUGUCGGGGCAGCGCCGGCGGCGCCGGAGUUGGUGAUGCCGCCCCUUGGGCCGGUGGUGUCGUCGGUUGCGGGGUCGGCGAUGACGGUGUCGCCGUUGGAGUUGGAUGAUGGUGUGACGGGGGGUGUGGAUUGGGGGAUGGAGUUUGAGUUUCAGAUGGGCAGUCCGGUUAGUCCGCUGUCGCCGGCUUCGAGGGGGAAGAGGGGUGUGUGAGGGUUGUGAAGGGUGGGCUGGAAUGGUUCGUUGGUUUAUGUCGUUUGCGGGGUGAGGUGGGAGGAUGUUUCGUUAUGUUGGUUAAGUUGUUGGUUUAUGGCCGAGGGGGGGUUGGAUAAUGUACUGGGAACCAAAAAGCGUUGGGUUUAAUGAAAGGUUUGUGGACGGAGGGGAGGGUCGUAUGAGCAGGUCGGAGCUUAUGCUGUUGCUGAGUGCAGGCAUUUGGCUUGGUAACUUAAUUCCAAAAACAUCAUCAUCAACAGUACUAGAGAAAAUAGAGCGUU